AUGUUGCGACGUUCAUUAGGUUGUCAGCAUAGCAAGCUUGUCUUCUCGAAAGUCAGUUGGUACAAUAUUGCAUUGAAAGCCGUGUUGCCAGAAAAGACAUGUGUUCAAAGAGCAAUUCAAUUCCAAUGCAGCAGGACUGUAGCGACAAUGGCAGCUACAGCGCUGGACGAUAUACAGCAAGACAUGGCAACUGAAAUACAGCAACUGCCGCCAUUAGAGCCACUACUAAAAACAAAGAUACCAGCAGACAUUACUACUGUAAAGAGUAAAUCAUCAGUGUCACACUUCAAACGCUGCUGUGGCCACAGAACAAGUAAAGAGGGAGGACAAUGCACUCGCCUUGUAAAGAUAGAUCUAGAGCAAGCAGAGGACAAGGUCUACUGCUACAGUCACCUUCCGAAAUCACAAAACAAAAAGCAUUUACCAGCCACUAGCAAAGAGAUGGCAUUGCAUAAACACCCUAGCAAUCAUGCAAAACGAAAAGAGAGAGUAAAGCAGCCUGCUACCCGUCUCAAACAAAUGGAGUUACAACCGUUAAUGGGCAAUGUUCACAACCAUGACCACAGCCCGAAACUGCGAAAUGAAGAACAUUCACCUGCCAUUGUCGAAAAGGAGGUGUUGUAUACACACCACGCCGAUGCUGCAAAAGAAAAAGAGACAACGAAGCAGCAUGAUAUUAUACAUGAUUGUUGGCAAUUAUGGAUUGGAGAUCAUAUCGCGCCAAAGAGAAAAUCAUUGAUUAGACAAGUGAUGAAGGAUCCAAUUUCAGAUCGAGAUAAAGCAGGCUACAUAUACGGUUUUCUGUUGGAGGAUGGACCACGCGUAUCACAGGUGGAACAUGCUUAUUUCAAAAUUGGACGCGCCCAGAAUCCACAUAGACGCAUGUACCAGGUAGCUCGUAGUUGUAACCUUAUACCCAAGCUUGUCGAAGUGAUCCCCAAGUUUCCCGAGAAGCCCUCUGCGCAAGACAAGCAAUGGAUCAUGCCUGUCAAUGUGGAUCUAGAUGCAAGCCAAGUAGACAAUGACAGCAAUGCCAUGGAGACAAAAUGUCCCAUGUCGCAUCGAGUCGAGAGAUUGAUACAUUUGGAGCUAGCAAGUCAGUAUCAGCGAGCAGGAUUCAAGUGCGACAAAUGUGGAUCUACACACAGAGAGUGGUUCAGAGUCGAUAGACGAAGACACGCAAAUGGAAAACUCAUGACAGAUCAAGAACUAUGGCACUCUGACAUUAGGCCCAUUGUCUUGAAAUGGAUCCAGUUUGGUGUCGUUGCAACAGCACUUAAAUCAUGA